UUAAAGUUCUCAAUCAAGACUCCAAAUAAUCUUGCCAUUGGAUUUGACUGCGGGAUUAUAAAAAUAAUCGAUAUCUCUAAAAAAUCACUCAACAUUGUGUUUCAAACGUCCACUAACCUAUCGUUAGAAACCACCAGCAUUUCGGGGCUUUUUUGGACCACCAACACUGAAAACAAAAUACUCCAUGAAGUCAAAUCAGAAUGUCUAGUUAGUAUAAAAUGUCUACACAAUAGUAUCUGGCACUAGGUUUUAAUUGAUAUUUUCUUGACUUUCAUAGAUGGCGUGCAAUACGGUUGGUUGUAUUUCACGUUAUUGUUUUUCGCACGGGAAGUUUCAGGAAAAAUUAGUCAUGAAAUUAUAUAAUAGUUUGAUACAAGAAGAAUUCCCAGGGAAGAAUUUGGAUGAAAGUAAAACGUAUAAAUCGGUUUUUCGUGCAACUAAAUUUAUUGAACUGAACCAAAAUGCGGAUUUGGUGGGCACUGCGGACGGUCUCGUCUACUCAUUUUUAUAUGACGAUUUAAUGACUCGUCCAAAAAAAAUUGUUUCUCACUUCGGAAUAAUCAAAUCGUUGGAAAAAUCACCUUUCUCUCAAGAUGUAUAUUUGACAACUGGUUGCGACUGUAACAUAAACAUUUGGGUCAGUGAUAUUUUUCUUGAACCAGUAAUAACUUUAAGUGUUGGCAAACAAAUCGAAAAAGCUAUUUGGAGCUCGACAUGUUCGACGGUUAUAGCAUCUAUUAUUGACAACUGUAUACAAAUUUGGGACUUAAGUGUGACGAAAUAUGACCCGAUAUUCGUACAAAAAAUGCCGAACCCCGAUCAAAAGUGUACCGGAUUAGAAUUUACAGCGGACGGUAAGCAUUUGUGCGUGUCCGAUAUUAGCGGAAAAGUCACAGUGUACGUUUUGUCGAACAUUUCGUCACACGAUAAAGACGAUGAACAAUAUAAUUUAGUGUAUACCAUCGCAAAAAUCAUAUACGGUACAAAAUAUUUGCCCAGCGUGCUGAUCAGAGAACGAAAGGAGUUCGCUGAAGUGUUCAUUAAACUGGAUUACGAGAAAUAUGGACGUAAAUUUUCCUAA